CAUUCAUGGAGUAUGCGUGAAUCAGUAAGCGCGGGUGUAGUAGUUUACCAAACUUUGAUCGAGACAUUAUGUUGAAUUUUGUUUUAUUACCACAGUACAAGGUGAAUUUUAAGCGCAAUGGGUGCUCGUGGCGAUUCCCCUUAAACUCGGCCUUUUUUGUGUGUUAGAAAAGUUUCGCCGCGUAUAGCAGAGAGAACAGCUGCUACAAUUAAUGAAAGACGUACACUGACAACAGUGAACAGCUUAUAAAUAUAUGAAUGCAAACAUGGUAUCAAAUAGCUUGUACAUGCAGUAUAUUAACUCUGAGAUGCCAAGAUUGCAAGAGAUGAAACCUGUUGACCGAGGAAAAGAAGUGCUAACAUUUCAGCCUGACAAUUCUGUGGUAAUAAAAGUUGAACCUGAUGGCUCCUUCCUAUGCCAACCUUGUGAUGGGUCACUUGGAGGGGGCUUUUCUGUGAUCCAUAAGCCUUUAGACCCUGGUUUGGUUUAGACACAGUGAUUGCAUCUUUGUCACAUGGACUCAUGGAAUUACCUGGUGCUUUCUUUAAGAAAGAAGAUGAGAAAGAACAGUGUGUGGCUCAAAAAAUCGAUAGAAAUUACAUGAUUCCUCCAGACAUACGUCUGACAAGUUUCCCAAAAUUUGAUCAGCCAUAUUAUUUUCCGUAUGAAAUGCAGUGUCCCAGACCCAUGAAUUUUGAUCAUGGCACAUGUGUCAAUUGGAAUGAACAAUUUUUUGGAAAACCGUUGCAGCCAAUAUGUCAAGAUAUUCCAAGUACAGUGCCAGGAAAUGAGGGACUGAACUGCCACAGACCUCGAGAACCUGCUCCAGCAGAUUUCUGCCCUCCCCCAGUGGAAACAGAAUCUCACCAACAUGCCCACAGUACCCCAAAGCGACGAAACCCUCGGAAGACACCAGAGACCCCAGAGAGACGAGCCGCGCGGCUCGCAGCAGCGGCAGAACGUGAGAGGAGGAGACGGGCCAACGAAACUGAAGAGCAACGGCGCAUCAGGCGUGAGGCUAAUGCCAGGCGGUCUCGGCUGCGGAGGGCCAAUGAACCUGAACACCUGCGGAGGGCGAGGCUUGAAGCCAAUGCCAGGCGAGCCCGCCUGCGCAGAGCGGCUGCUGCUGCUGCAGCAGCGGCAGCGGCGGCGGCAGCAGCUACGGCUGCAGCAACAGCUGUUCCAUCUGCUCCUGCUCCUCCUCCACCACCACCACCACCACCACCAGUACUCUCUGUUGCUGUGCCCGAUGUGGCAGCUAACAACAGUACCUUAGCUGGCAGUAAUAUUCCUGAGACUACUGCCACUACAGCAGUUACAGAAGUAGCUGCUCCGAGAACAAACAUUUCACAUCCCAUUGUGCCUGUUCCACCUACGACUGUAUCUCAUCUUGACAGUUUUGCAAGUCUUUUGUGUGCAACUCAGAUCGGUUCUUAACUUUUUGAAUGAAAGAGUAAGCAUAUGACUGUGUUAGCGUAUGGUAUGAUUUUGACUGUGUGUCUUAAUUUUACUGUGAAUUUUAUGUUUAUCUGUUGUCUGAAGUGUUUGUGCUUCUUAGACUCACUGCGAAAUUGUUACGUAUUGUUCCUUCUGUGGCACUGCAGCCUGAAGAGAGAUGAACUCAGUCUUGCCACCUGGUGUGUGUGUGUGUGUGUGUGUGUGUGUGUGUGUGUGUGUGUUUUCAUGUUCUUGUGCAUCUGAACAGUACAAGCUGUGCUCUGUAUUAUGGCAGUUUAAACUGACUAUAUGAAAGCAUAGUGCGGCAGACAAAAGAAAGUCAUUUCAGAUAUGAAAACAGUAAUUAAAGAAUGACGACAAGAGUGAACUGUUAUAUGAUGAUGUGCUGGAGGAAAUAUUUUUGAUUGAAGGACAGCUUUACAUUUCCAUGUUAUGUGGUCUUUAAGUUUAUGGAAAUGUGACAUUUUGAAUGUAUAACCCCUGAUUUAUUUCUUUGAAGUAAUUUUGAAGUAAACUUAUUUAUUUUAAGCUGUAACUGUAUGCUACUGGAACAUACUUCAGAAACUCUGUAUUUGUUUAUGCAACACUAGUCACAUGUCCAGUGUUAGUCAUUUGAUCCCGAGUGCAUUGUGCCUUAAGAUUAUACCUAGCCAAAUAGAUCUAUAAAUAUCUUUCUCUUUGCUUUUUUAAAUCUCUUUCACAUUAUGUUAAGUUCUUAAUUUAUUUUAUAUCUAGGACAGAAAUUUUAUACUUUUUAUCCUGAUGGUCAAAGUCCUGAAA